CACAAUUCAUUAGCAAGGGUUUGCAGUACAUGAAAAUGGCAGGAAAAUCUGCCAUAAUUACCAUUUGUCUUGUGGGAUAUCUCUUCAGUGCUGAAUGUACAGUUUUUAUUAAUCGUGAACGUGCCGCCAAAGUCCUUCAUCGGAUACGGAGGUAUAAUUCGGGUAAACUCGAAGAGUUUGUUCAAGGAAACCUAGAGAGAGAGUGUAUCGAAGAAAAAUGCAGCUUUGAGGAAGCACGAGAAGUUUUUGAAAACACAGAGAAAACUACAGAAUUUUGGAAGCAGUAUCUUGAUGGAAACCAGUGUGAUUCCAAUCCAUGUUUAAAUGGAGGCCAAUGCAAGGAUGACAUUAAUGCCUAUGAAUGCUGGUGUCUACCAGGAUUUGAAGGAAAAAACUGUGAAUUGGAGGAAUCUUGUAAAAUUAAUAAUGGAAGAUGCAUGCAUUUUUGUGCCAAGAGCCCCGACGAUCACCUGACGUGUUCCUGUGCUUCAGGAUAUCAACUUGGAAAAGACAACAAAUCUUGUGAACCAGCAGUGCCAUUUCCCUGUGGAAGAGCUGUGGUUCCUCUGUCUAAUAAAAAGUACACACGUGGUGAAAAUAUUUUCUUCAACAUGGACUUAAAUUCUACUGAGGAGGAAGUGACUGUCGAUCAAGUCUCUGUAAAGGAAGUCAAUCAAACCACCCCUGUGACAGACGAAGUCACUCAGAUCACACCAGUGCAUAAAAAGCUUACUCGAGUUGUAGGCGGAGAAGAUGCUAUGAAGGGUGAAAUCCCCUGGCAGGUUCUUUUGCAGAGUAAAGGUGAAGGAUUCUGUGGAGGAGCUAUUAUUAAUGAAAACUGGGUGAUAACUGCAGCCCACUGUAUUGAACCUGGCGUUGAGAUCACUGUUAUUGCUGGUGAACAUAAUGUUGACGAUGAUGACAAGACUGAGCAACGGCGUCCUGUGAAGCAAGCUAUUCUUCAUCCCAAUUACGAUGCACAAAUAAGCAAGUACAAUAAUGAUAUUGCACUUCUUGAACUGGAGAAUCCCUUAAAUUUGAACCGAUACAUAACUCCCAUUUGUAUCGCGAAUAAAGAGUACACAAACCUCUUCACCAGGAAUGGAGUUGGUACAGUGAGUGGCUGGGGUAAGGUUUUCAAUAAAGGAAGACCUUCACCAAUUCUCCAAACCCUGAGAGUCCCAUUUGUAGACAGAGCCACAUGCUUGCAGUCUACUAAAUUCACCAUUUCUAAUAACAUGUUCUGUGCUGGUUAUCGAGACGGAGGUAAAGAUUCAUGUCAGGGAGACAGUGGAGGGCCUCAUACUGUCGAAGUGGGUCAAACCAGAUUUCUAACAGGAAUAAUUAGCUGGGGAGAGGAGUGUGCGGCAAGAGGCAAAUACGGAAUUUACACCAGGGUUUCCAGAUAUGUUAAGUGGAUCAGAGAAAUAACGAAGCAAACUUAAGCAGAGCCAACAUUUACUAGGUUAGAUAAAAUGGGCUUCUAGAGGGGAAAGUAUAAAUAAUCUUAGAAUAAAUGAUAGUGUCAAUUCUUGUGAUGAUUAAAGGGCGGAUUGAACAAUGGCAUUGUCACUGUGAUCAUAUCAGAUUGGAUGGUGUAGGAACUCCAAACAACUCAAGUACAGGAGAAUCAAGAGGUUUUCCUUGCUGACUUGUCCCUGUUUUGAAAGACUCAUUUGACUCAGUUAUUGAAUUACAAGCAUUGCUUCUUGUUGUGGCUCCGGCUCCUUGAAGCACCUGUGGGUUUCUCUUCCCUGUUGAGAUUUGGUUUCCGCACCUUUGAAUUCUGCUGUCUUUAGCCAAGACUACUGAAGGAUUUAUCAGAUUAAAACAAUAUAUUUAACUGAAAGGUGAUAGGAAAACCAGUUAUGCUUUACAUUUGUUUGGUAAACCUCAUUUAAAAUUUCUUAGAUUUCAAAAACAAGUUGUUUAAAUUGGCUAUGAAAAAGUUGUUGGAUGCUAGGCAGCUUUUUUAGAUAUUAUCCAUUUGCUUACAUUUUUCAGUCCUCAAUGUAUUUUUAAAUUUACCAGCUAUUUCUUGUGGAAUACUGCCAGAGAAGUAUUUGAGGUAGCAAUUCUCAAGUGGUAUGAAGGACUCUGUAUGCAUAUAUCAUGUUUGCUGGAAAUAGAGUUUUGAAUAAACAUUAAUAGUACCUACUUCA